CAAGACAUUGUCAGCUCCUAAAAUAUUUUUAACAAACGAACAAAUAUACCUUCUUGUCAGUUCUUCCCGUUCUUCCUAAUAAAACUCUUCUGACGUUCUUUUAAAGAUGUCAGUUUGAGCGAUGAGAACAAGUUAAGCUGUAAACCCAGUAACCCUCAUGAAUCAAUACCAUAAGUGAAUGCAUUCACAUAGAAAAGUGGACUUUUACCGAGCUCAAUGGCAUCGUCUUCACUCGCCCAAAAAACUUGGGAAAUGGAAAACAACAUGGAAUUUGUUUCGAGUGUUGAUGCCAUAUUUUCUUAUAAUGGACAGGAGCAACAAGAGAUUCUAAGUGCGAAGCCAUGGACCAAGGAUCCACACUAUUUCAAAAACAUCAAAAUCUCCGCAUUGGCUCUGCUUAAAAUGGUGAUGCAUGCAAGAUCUGGAGGAAAUUUGGAAGUGAUGGGUUUGAUGUUGGGGAAGGUUGAUGGUAGCACGAUGAUAGUAAUGGAUUCAUUUGCUCUGCCCGUGGAGGGGACUGAGACACGAGUGAAUGCUCAAGCACAAGCUUAUGAAUAUAUGGCAGCAUACAUAGAAUCUGCGAAGACAGUUGGUCGUCUUGAGAAUGCUAUAGGAUGGUAUCAUAGUCACCCGGGAUAUGGUUGUUGGUUAUCUGGAAUUGAUGUUGGUACUCAGAUGGUCACGCAACAGUUCCAAGAACCAUUUGUUGCAAUUGUGAUUGAUCCAACAAGAACUAUUUCAGCUGGUCGUGUGAACCUUGGUGCAUUCAGAACAUAUCCCAAGGGUUACAAACCACCAGAUGAAGGACCUUCGGAAUAUCAAACUAUUCCUUUGAGCAAAAUUGAAGAUUUUGGAGUUCAUUGCAAACAGUAUUAUUCAUUGGAAGUGUCCUAUUUUAAGUCAUCUUUAGAUAAGCGUUUAUUAGACAUGUUAUGGAAUAAAUACUGGGUCAACACGCUCUCAUCUUGCACGCUUCUUACAAACUCGAACUACACGACACAGCAAAUUUCAGAUCUUUCCGAGAAACUUGAGCAAGCUGAAAAUCAGGUCGGACGAACGCCCGGAUAUCUGCACGGGGGAGAUAGUGAAAAAAGAGAAGAAGGCAAAUUAUCUAAAGCCAGCAAGGACAGCUCGAAGACUACAAUCGAAUCAAUCCACGGACUCAUGUCGCAAGUGAUCAAGAACACUCUAUUCAACCAGGUGAAGUCGACAAAAUUGACAGCCAAGUAGGUCAGACGAGACGUUUUUUUAUUCACGAGAUAAAUAAAUGGACGUGCGUCGCCAUGAUUUAAAUCCUCUUAAGGUUUUUUUUUCUGGACAAGUCCGACAUAUGACAAAUGGUUUGUGAUAAAAACUGAUAAUUCUACAAAGUAUUUUUCGAUAGUGUAAAACUUCCUUACAAUAAUCCUCUCUCUGAACUAUUGAAUGUUUAACGCUCCGAGUGCGAAUUUUCUCGAGAGGAUUUUCGCCUUUUGGGUUGUUUUAAUCAUAAAAAUUUUUCCUAGCGUUUUUGGCCUGCUGCCAUCUCAUAAUACGAUAUAGAUGCCAACAUUGUAAUGCUUAUCUACAGUUCUUUGUGAUCCUCUGUUAA